AUGGCUCUGGAGCCUGAGGGCUCAGCCACACUCUGUGAUUCCCUGAUGAAGAAUUUUGUCUUAGCCAUGGACCUGGUGGGCAGUCAGGAGGGGGGUUAUUAUCGUGAACGUUGGCACCAGAAGGCCCAAUAUUCAGGGCUCGUAGAAUGGGAGACACACGGUCAGGGCGGACCGAAGUGCUCCCCAAACUAUGCAUUAGGGAGCAGCAGCCCUUUGCACGCAGAACGGAAAAGCCACUGCCUGAAGUCUAAACCUGAACGUCAAAGGCUAGAGAGAGGAAGCGCUGGUGGCUCCCCAGAGCCCCCAGGGUGCAGCUCCCCUGCUCCACCAGGGAACCUUUGCCAUAGACCGAGAACCCCAGCACCCACCCUCCAAUUCUCGCCCAGAAGCUAGAAUUAUCAGGUUGGCUUCAGGCCCUGGUCGGUGAACUUGAUACCCCUUUCCUGCUGCUCAGACAGACUGAGCAGGGCAGUGAGUCCCUCUCAACAAUGCCCUCUGCAUUCCCUCAGCUCGCAUACACAGGGCGGCCUAUGUGGCUGAGGGGUGUACACGCACACGCACACGCACACGCACACGCGCGCGCACACGCACACGUGCUGUUGUGGUUCCGAGCAGGGGCUCUGCAGUCAGGCUGCUGCCUGGGUUAGAAUUCUUGCUCCACACUUACUAGUUCUGAGAUCUUGGACAAGUGACUGAAAUUCCCUGUACCUCAGUUUCUUCUUCUGGGAAAUGGGGAAGAUAACAGCUUUGAGAAGGUGAAAUGAGGCCCUGCACACAAAGAACCUGGUUUGGUGUCAGGCACACAGGAAGUGCUCCAUAGGGUUGCUUUCAUUGUUUGAUUUAGUGGAAUGAAUUGAAUGCAUAUAGAC